CAGGGUUCGCUGUUCGCUUCCACCGCUUCGCUCUCCGCACAGCGAACUGUCGUCGACGCGGAACUCCGUGUGUGUUUACGGCCCGCUGGCUCUCUUUGUCCGCAGAAAAGGAGCAAAAUGUGCGCCGUGCAGCUGCUGCGUGUGUCGGUCCACGAGCGGCUCAGCGCUGCCGCUGAAGACUUCCUGCUUCGGGUGGAAAAGGGAGAAGAAGCGGCUGAAAUCCAGGCGCUGAGAGCGCUGCUCACCGAGCGGCUAACGGCGGCUGCGGAGGAGAUUGUCGGUCUGUUGGAGGAAACCGUGGCGGAGUACGAAGACAGAGCUGAGCGGUCAGAGCGGGAGAUCUGCCGCCAGAGGAGGCUGCUCGAGGCCGUGCUGAAGCCUGAAGUCCGGCUGCACAGAACAGAGUGUCUGCAGGAAGUGACCUUCACAGUCGGCGCUACAGAUCUGAUCCACAGCGACGCUUCCUGCCCGUCGACGCCUCGCUCUCCCUCUCCCACCAACUGUACACCCACCUCGCCAAGCAGUUCGGCCGUCCACAGUGACGGCGACCGGGCCGAACAGAGUCGUAUUGUGAGAGCUCCGAGGAGGAGGAAGAGAGGGCGGCCGUCGCUCGCCAUCAGGAACAAGCGGAAGAGGUCGACCCCAGCUCAGAGUUUCAGCUGUCACGUGUGUGGCCGCUCUCUGCAGGGGAAAGGUUACCUGCUCAAACACGUGCUGCAGGUCUGCGCCCAGGACCCCGACUGCUGCUGUGGCUUUUGCGGCGAGCGUCUGGACUCUUCCGCCAACCUCACAGCUCACCUGCAAACGCACCGAGAUACGAGUAAAACUUGUACCUUCUGCGGGAAAACUUUCCAGUCCAUCCUGGCACAGGAGCUGCACGUGCGCCUGCACACUGGAGAGAAACCGUACAGCUGCGACAUCUGCGGCAAGAAAUUCAGCCAGAAGGGCAACCUGACGUCACACAUGCACGUGCACGCUGGGGAGAAACCCUUCAAGUGUAAAGAGUGCAGCCGCGCCUUCUGCCACAUAACGUCUUUAGAGCGCCACAUGCAGGAGCACAGCAGAGAGGAGGCGCAUGCCUGCAGCAUCUGUGGCCAAGAGUUCACGCAGCGACGCAGCCUUCGACGACACAUGGCGACUCAUCAGAAGAAUGCCAGCGACAAACCGAAAAGAUUCCGCAGCUCGGAGCCGUCCUAUGGCUGCAAAGUGUGCAGGAACGCCUUCGACAAGAGGAGCCUGCUGGUGAAACACGUAGAGACUCACCUGCAGGACCCGGACUGCUGCUGCGGACUCUGCGGGCACCAGUACGAGUCCGCCACCAGCCUCGCCGCCCACCUGCAUUCCCAUCGCGAGAUUGGCAACACCUGCCACAUCUGUGGAAAGUGCUUCCCAGCUCAGGCGGCGCUGCAGAUGCACCUGAGGAUCCACACCGGAGAGAGACCGUACUCCUGCACCUUCUGCGGGAAGAACUUCAAUCAGAGCGGAAACCUUAAAACGCACCUGAAGAUCCACACGGGCGAGAGGGCGUUCUCCUGCAGCCUCUGCGGGAAGGGUUUCACACAGAAACAGACUCUGGACACGCACGUCCGAUUCCACAACAAGGAGAGGCGCUUCCUGUGCCAGGUGUGCGGGAAGGGUUUCAUGCAGGAAGUGGACCUGAAGAGACACAUGCUGAUCCACACCGGGGAGAAACCCUACUGCUGCAGGGUCUGCGGGAAGAGCUUCCAGGCCAAGCGCUCUCUCAAUGGGCAUCUCAAGGUGCAUGCUGAAGGGGUGGAGCGGGAGCAGGCGGAGGAGCAGCGGAUGGAGGACACGUUCUACUCCGGCUUCAUCCAGCUGUAGCUGCCUGUGUGAGAGGACAACCUCGAAUCCUCGCUAUCUCAGCGUCACCACUGCAGCAGCUCGCAGUUACAACUGCCUGAAAGUCAGUGAAAACAUUCAGUCGCAGGAUCUUUACAGGAGACAUGUUGUCUAAUUUUCCGCUUCAUACUUGUAUUCUUAAAAACAUGUUUACAUGCAUUAAUUCUCAUAAAUCAUUCUGCUUCUC